AAAUCCAAUCAUACUUUUCAUCACACUACACCCUAAACAAAACAAAACUUUUUUUGUAAACCCAAGCCACACAGGUUACCAUGCGUACCAAUUAUGUUUGCGCACAGCAUUGGGCAGCAUAAAACAUUGAACCAAACGCCGCACAAUUGCCAAAGGGUUCGCCACCCUAAGCAAACAAAUUUCAUUCACCGUCGAGCUAUUGAACCCUGAAGUAGCCCUGCCGCAGCCGAAGUUGAAGGUGACAAAAAUGGAUGCCGUCCUGUUGGAGCGCGAGCGGGUUCUGUUCCGGCUGAACGAGGAGAUCAACGCCAAAUCCCGCGGGCUGUUCGAGCUGAACGAGAACGCCACCUGGAUGACCACCAAGAGGCGCAUGAAGAACAACAUCCGCAAGCUGGCCAACCCCCAGCAGCAGGUCGACGACUCCGGGAGCAACUCUGGUGAUAGCAGCAACAACAAGGAAAACGAUUGCGACCAGCUGACCACGGCUACGGCAGCGUCCGACACGGAAACGGAGUUCAACGAGCUGUCCCAGUGUACCACCAACGAGGACACCAAGUCCCUGCUGGAAUCGGAAAAGGAGACGUCCAUUUCGACGGUCGAUACCAAGGUUGAUUUGCAGCUUGUGAAACCGGGCGGUGAAAAAAAGAUCAACAACAAAGCCGUUGCCAAGCAGGCCGGUGGCAACAACCCGGGGGCCAAGAACGUGAACAAGAACAUGGCCGAUGUGGUGCCGAAGGUGCUGGAAAAGAAGAACAUCAGCUCGGAGGGGUUGAUAAAAUUUUUAAAGUCCAAAGUAGCCAUCAUUCAGACGGAGCUGGAGACGGUUCAGAAGCAAAACGAAGCUAAUGUUAAGGAUUUGAACUUGGCACUGGAUCGGUUGAAACAGUUGGAAAGCUUCAAGGAGCAGUUGCUAACCAAGAAUGCAGCACUAGAGCGUACGGUUAAAAAGUUUGAGGAACGCAACUUGGAACUGGACAAAAUGGUGAAGGAAAGGGAAGUCCAAAUAACAAACGGCGCUAAAGAGUUGUCAGCGGCGCGGACCGAAAUUCGCUGCGUGACCCAGAACAACCAGAACCUGGAGAAGCGUCUGUUCAAGCUGCAGGAAGACGUUGACGGGCUCAAAGUGAAGCUGACGAUCGCGAAUGACGCCGAGAAGGAGACGCGUGACGCUGCACGUCAGGAGCGGUUGACUUACGAAAAGCAAAUUAAGCAAUUAAGAAAACAAAGAGGCGAAGUGCUGGCCGAUUACAAGAAGCUGCUGCUGGUGGUGGACCAGAUGAAGAAGCAAAACAUCCACGCCGACCAGACGCGCCUCAUCAGCGACUUUGAGCGGGACUACUUCAAACACCUGGACGAUGCCUCGACGUCUUCGCUGUCCCAAUGAGGUUUCGUCUUUAGAUUUGUAGCAUUUCUAGACUUGUUCAUGGUAAACUUAGACUGAACUAGAGUGUAGACUAUUUUUGAUAGCAGUACAGUUUUUGGGAACUAAUCCCACCGUAAAAUGUGCAACAAUAAAGUAAUCUUUUUC